AUGUCCGAGAACACAAAACCUCGUAAAAGACUUAUCGUCAAGCUCAGUUAUCCUCCUGGUUCUAGAAAACGUGAUUCAGAUUCUUGUGGCACAGAUGAAAACAAGAGAAGGAAGAUUCAAGAUUCUGUAAGACCAACCGUAACAUGUUAUUGGGUUGAUUCUAAUUAUCGUACAAAAACAACACCUUUGUCUCAACCAAAGGACAAUAACAUUGCUGUUGAAAACAAGAACCAAGUUUCCAACACACUUAUGUCUCAACCAAAGGAUAGUAACAUUAUUGUUGAAAACAAGGAGAUGAUCGAGAACCAAGUUUCCAACACAGUUAUGUCUCAACCAAAGGAUAGUAACAUUGCUGUUGAAAACAAGAAGAUGAUCAAGAACCAAGUUACCAACACAGUUAUGUCUCAACCAAAGGCUGUUGAAAACAAGAAGAUGAUCAAGAACCAAUUUUCAAAAACAGAAAUAGAUUUUAAUGGUCAGAAGGAAAGUUCAAGACUUUGUACGAAAACGGCCUCAGUCACAAGACCUGAAGAAUGUACCUUGAAGAAACCAAUGGAUUGUAUUAAGAGGAGGGAAUGUUGGUUGAUUUUGAAGAGGAUGUUGGUAGGUAGAGAUGGUUGGGAUUUGAAAGAUCCUCCAAUGAGAGCAAUGGUUGAUAAGUCAAAGGCAAUAGGUUUGAAGGAAAUAGAGAGAAAAAUGAGGCUGUAUGCAACACCAGGUGAGUUUGCUAGUGACAUGAGGCUUGUGUUCUCUAAUGCAAUGCUAAUGUAUCCUCCAAGGCAUCAUAUUUACCAAAUUGCCAAAAAGUUCAGUGACAAUUUUGAACAUAAAUGGAAGUCGUUGAAGGCUACUUGGAAGCUUGAGGAUAGAAAAAGAAGAAGGCUCACUAACAUGUUGUGA